UUAUUGGUCUUUUUUCCUCAAGAGUCAAGUUGCUGAGAAUAUUGACCUUACAAACGCAGCACAUUUUUUGUUUUUACUGUUGCGCUAUGUGUCACCUUUGCCGUAUAUAAGUUCCUCAGCGAUGUCUUAGCACAACACUGUUCAGCUCUAAGCCGUUACAAUGAAAGCCUUUGCAUUCUUCGCUCUGUUGGUGUGCGCCAUCUUGGCUCUGACGUCGGUGCAGGGUGCGCCAGCGCCUGAUCUCGAGACCGCAGAAAGUCAUCACGGAUAUGGUCACCACGGAUAUGGUCAUGGUGGACAUGGUGGUCACGGUGGCCACGGAGGCUACGGCCAUGGAGGAUACGGCCACGGAGGAUACGGCCAUGGCUACGGCCACGGAGGACACCACCAUCACGGAUAAAUGAGACCAAAUCAUUUACAUGACUGAUAUUAACGUAAGGAUUAAUUUAAGACUAGUUUAAUAGUUAAAAUAAAUAAUUUUAACUGAA